UCGUAUAACAAUAACCGAGAUAUAGAAAUAGAAAAUUCGGUCGACUCUUUCGACCAUAAUGGUUAUAAUAAAUCCAUCUCUCUCUCUCUCUCGGAAUGAUAAUGAUGUCUAGUGCGUAAUUCGGUCAUUGGUGAUGAUGAUGAUGAUGAUGAUGAUGAUAAUUUUCGGUCCAUAAACGUUGAACACUUUGCAAUCAUCAGUCAGAUUUAUUAUUGAUACAUUAUCAACAGUGAAAUAUGCCCGUUAAUCUUGGUGGAUCAUCAUCAUCUUCGAUGACUAGUAACAAUGGUCAGACCAGAGUUGUGAAACGUGGUCUUGAUGCAUUAGAAGCAUGGGGACGUCGUAUUACUACCGGUUAUCGUGAUGUACAUAUAAUUGAUCUAACAACAUCAUGGCGUGAUGGUCUUGCAUUCUGUGCUAUAAUUCAUCAUUUUCGUCCGGAUCUCAUUGAUUAUGAUAGCCUAUCGAAAGAGAAUAUUCUUUACAACAAUCAUCUUGCAUUUCGUGUGGCCAAAGAACAUCUUUCAAUACCGGCAUUAUUAGAUGCUGAAGAUAUGUUGAAACAUAUUGAACCGGAUAAACGUUCAGUGGCAUUAUAUCUAUCAGAAUAUUAUAAUUAUUUUGAGAAUGGUAAAUGUCGAUUGCCAUUACCAUCAUCACCAUCAUCAUCAUCGGAUACAACAACAAAUGGAAAUAAUAACAAUAAAUCAUUGUCAACAUCGGUUAGAUGAAUUUGUUUUUGUUUUUAUAUUUCCACAAAAGAAAACAAAAAAAAACAGAAUGGCUACUUGUAAACAAGAUGAUGUUAUCCACACCCGUAUUUUUUUUGUAUUUGAAUUGACAAUUCAAAAAAAAUGGAUAAUUAUUUUUUGUUGCUGCUGUAAUAACAAACAAACAAACAAACACACACACACACACCUACGACGACCUACAGUUUCGACUAUUCUCUACAACCGAUUCAAUCAUAUUCAUAUUCAAAUAAUAAUAAUAAUAAGUACCAUCAUCAUUUGUACACACACGCACACACACUAAUAACAUCCAGGAAGUGUUUGAUGUCAUGUUAAUGUUUUCAGUCAAGAUUUAACAAUGAAAAUUUAAUUUUUUUUCCAGUCAAUGUCAUUGACAUUGAUGACAUGAAAUGAUAACUUAACCAUGAAUUAUUAGUAGUUUAUUUUAAAAUGAUAAUAAUAUAAUAAUUUUGUUUUAA